AUGAUUCCAAGUAGCACUACAAUUAAUUCUAAAAAAGUUAGUUUUGAAGAGUUAAAUGAGAGUGAAAAACGGAUUAAAAUGAUUGACUCAAUCACAGAGUUCAAUGAAGAAAGUGAAGCAAAGUCAAGAACAAGAAAAUUAGUUGAUUAUAUUAGAACCACAAAACCAAAAGAAAUCAUUGUCAUUCUACAACAACAUGAGAAAGUAGUUAGAAUGGCAGAACAUAUUAAUAAACAACUUGAAAUAAUUAAUUCAUAUCUGAAAAGAAUUCAUGAAGAACCAAGUUAUACUCUCAUGACAUACCAAGAAAAACGAACAGAAGAAAUAAUUUGUAAAGAGAAGUCAUUUGACAAUUUUAUUGAAAUAAUAAAACAAAGUAUUCAAGUUUGUCCUGAACAAUCUUUCUUUAAUUACUUUUUUCCAACUAGUCAAUUUACAUUAACAAAAAUACCUCCUAAAUGUGAUUUAGUAAUACAAUACUCCUAUCAUUAUGAAAUUAAUGAUCAAAUGAAAAACACUAUCAUUAACAGUCUCAAUCAAAAACCAUAUUUUAUUUUCCAAUGCAUUCAUCCUAAUAAAUUCUAUGAUGAUCCAUUUGUGAUGUUAAAUUACAACGAUUUACCACUACUCCAAAAUGGUUUAAUUCCACCAUCAUACAUACAAGGAAAUUGUAUGGAAGAAGUUACAAAACUCGAAGGAGUUCUUAUUACACCAAUAUUUGAGGAAUAUGAGAAGAUGAGAAUAUUUGCAAGUAGAACAAAAGAAUACAGAGUUAUUCCAUGUCAAAUCACAAUGAAGAAUAUUAUCAAUGAUAAAGGAAAAAGAAUUACUAUCAAAGAAAGUAUAAAAGUUGACAACAAUGAUAUUCCUAUUGUA